GCCCGCCGACUUCGGUCCAACCGCCUCGCAGACCCGUGACUGCCGUUCAGCUCAGCCCACGAAAACCACCUCGCACCAUCAUCACGAUGAAGCACGCCACUGCCAUCGCUGCCGUCCUCGGCGCCGCCAGCGCCGCCACCAUUCCCGUCACCUCCAACAGCAAGCCCUACGCCCCCGCCUGUGCCGGCGAGGUGUGCUCGGGCAACAGGGUGAACGAUCUCACCGGUGUCGUCGCAAAGCGGGACCCGGAGCCUCAGACAGUGGACAUCGCCGGGGACGCCGCGCUCUUCGCCCGGCUGGAGCAGAAGCGUGAUCCCAAGAGCAAGUCGCACAAGUCCGGAAGCAAGAGCAAGAGCAAGCCAAAGUCGAGCUCCUCGUCUUCCUCGUCCAGCACUGGUUUCCAUAUCCCCGAUGCGAUCAAGGAUAUCGCCAAGGAUGUGGCGACCAACACGAUCACCAACACAUUGACGACUGAGGCCAACAAGCUGCUCAACGGCGGGCAGCAGCAGCAGCAGCAGCAGCAGCCGAAGCAGAAGCGCGAGGCUUGGCCAGAGCCCGAGCCCGAGCCCAAGGGCCGCGCCAAGGGCGGCUCCAAGGGCGGUUCCAAGGGCGGCUCCAAGGGCGGCUCCAAGGGCGGCUCCAAGGGCGGCUCCAAGGGCGGCUCCCACCUGUCACAGGGUGUCAAGGACUUCGGCAAGGACGUUCUUAGCGGCACCAUCAGUGGUGGGAUAAUCGCCGGUGCCGAGCAGCUCCUCAACGGCGGGCAGCAGCAGCAGCAGCAGCAGAAGCGCGAGGCAUGGCCCGAGCCCGAGCCCGAGCCCAAGGGCGGCGCCAAGGGCGGCUCCAAGGGCGGCUUCCACCUGUCACAGGGUGUCAAGGACUUUGGCAAGGACGUUCUUAGCGGCACUAUCAGCGGUGGGAUAAUCGCCGGCGCCGAGCAGCUCCUCAAUGGCGGCCAGCAGAAGCGCGACCCCAAGUUCACCCGCCCCCGCAUUGGCAUCCCGGCUGGUGCCAAAGACUUUGCCAAGGAUGUGGCGGCCGAUACCAUCAGCGGCGGCAUCGUCGCUGGCGCCCAACAACUGCUGAACCAGCGCGACCUUGAGAUCGAGGAGCGGGACCCCCGGGGUAAGGGCGGCUUCCACCUGUCCAAGGGUAUCAAGGAUUUUGGCAAGGACGUUCUUAGCGACACUAUCAGCGGUGGGCUGAUCGCCGGAGCCCAGCAGCUGCUGAACCAGCGCGACCUCGAGAUCGAGGAGCGGGACCCUCGGGGUAGGAAGGGCGGCUUCCACCUGCCCCAGGGUGUUAAGGAUUUCGGCAAGGACGUUCUUAGCGACACUAUCAGCGGCGGGAUAAUCGCCGGAGCCCAGCAGCUGCUGAACCAACGCGACCUUGAAAUUGAGGAGCGAGACCCUAAGGGGCGUUUCAAGGUCUCGCAAGGCGUCAAGGAUUUCGCUAAGGAUGUUGCCUCGGGGACGAUCAGCGGUGGCAUCAUUGCUGGUGCUGACCAGCUGCUGAACCAACGCGAUCUUGAGAUCGAGGAGCGCGACCCGAAGGGGCGUUUCAAGAUCUCGCAGGGCGCCAAGGAUUUCGCCAAGGAUGUUGCCUCGGGGACGAUUAGCGGUGGCAUCAUCGCUGGUGCCGAGCAGUUGCUGAACCAGCGCGACCUUGAAAUUGAGGAGCGCGACCCUAAGGGACGUUUCCACGUCUCGCAGGGCGUCAAGGAUUUCGCCAAGGAUGUUGCCUCGGGGACGAUCAGCGGUGGCAUCAUCGCGGGUGCUGACCAGCUUCUGAACCAACGUGACCUCGAGGAGCGCGAUCCUAAGGGACGUUUCAAGAUCUCGCAAGGCGUCAAGGAUUUCGCCAAGGAUGUUGCCUCGGGGACGAUCAGCGGCGGCAUCAUCGCUGGUGCUGAGCAGCUUCUCGGCCAGCGUGACCUCGAGGAGCGCGACCCCAAGGGACGCGUCCAUGUCUCCCAGGGUGUUAAGGACUUCGCUAAGGAUGUUGCCUCGGGGACGAUCAGCGGCGGCAUCAUCGCUGGUGCUGAGCAACUUCUCGGCCAGCGUGACCUCGAGGAGCGCGACCCCACGGGACGCUUCAAUGUCCAUGUCUCGCAGCGUCUCAAGGACUUCGCCCAGGACGUUGCCUCAGGGAAGAUCCACCCUAUCCAGCUCUCCGGCCCCGUGCAGCGUGAUCUCGAGGAGCGCGACCCCCGUUUCGGCCUUGGUAGUAUCUUGAAGGCCGGCGGCAAGAUCCUCCCCGAUGUCAUCGGCGAGGGCAUCAACAUCCUCAGCAACCAGAAGCGGGACGAUGAGGAGGAGCUGGCCGAGCGUGAUCUCGAGGAGCGCGACCCCCGUUUCGGCCUUGGUAGUAUCCUGAAGGCUGGCGGCAAGAUCCUCCCCGAUGUCAUUGGCGAGGGUAUCAACAUCCUCAGCAACCAGAAACGGGACGAUGAGGAGGAGCUGGCCGAGCGCGACCUUGAGGAGCGUGAGCCUGAGGAUGAGGAGCUUGAACCUCAGGAGAAGCGCGACAUGCUCGGCCUGGCAAUUCCGCGCCCGAUCGGGGUUAUCGACGAGGUGCGCUUGCCCCCGAGCGCCAAGCGGCAGGUGGACGAGACAUUCGAGGCGGCCGACGCCGCCGCGCGCGCCCUGUUUGAGCCGGUCGCCAGGUCCACCGUCCCCCGCGCCGAGCAGGAAGCUGAGGUGGAGGAGCGCAACGCGCCUGCCCCCGAGGCCACCGCCUCCCCGGGCCGGCUUCUCGGCCAGAAGAUCGGCCAGGCGCUCGUCCACGACGCCACGAAGUCCGCCGCGACGACGACGCUCGCCCGCCCCGGCAUGCUGGGCUACAUGACGGCCGGUCUGGCGCUGGCCAUGGCUCUGGGCGCGUUCAACGUUCUCGCCUAGACGGCUGGUCGACUUGCUGGGGGUUGGUGCAUGCGGUGGGUCCCUGACAUUGCUCAGUCAGCUGCGCGCCGGCGUCGGGCUAUGAUGGGAUAGGGUUCGCCGCUCGCUUGGGGUGAGAUGGUAUUGGUUAAUGGUGGAGGAGAACUGAGAGAGACCGCGAGGAGAUGGUACGAUAGCCAGAGAUGGGCCCGCACUCGUUUGAUGCUGAAGUCUGGCCGACAAACUCAG